GAAUGACUCGAUCUGAAAUAUCGUAUUGUGGGGUAAUUUCAAGGUGUAAUGGAGCCUACUGGUGCGGUGUUGUUGGGACGACGAGGCUAGCGGUUAUCAUUUCGACACGAGAUAUUAAUACCAAGGAAACUCUUUAUCAACCUGGGCGUCAAACCUCCUCACUUCAGCUCAUUGCGGAUUCCACUUGAGCAUUUCAUCGUGGACUGUUAUUAGCUUGAAAGUCUCCUCGCUCUGGAUUGCUACUUACGGUAUUAAGCACAUUCUCUCUUAUCGCUCAACCGAAGAAAUGUCGAGCGGCUCGCUUGGAGCAGCGCUUCCUGUCCUGCCGACACCACAGCUUGCAACGGCUCUUCUGCACACGGAUGAUCCUGACCACAAGACCCAUGCAAACCAUUCAGUUGCUCCGUCCAUUCAAACGUCGACGACUUUCCGGUCCGCUCCGUUCGACUCACAGAUUGCGACGGAUAUCAGAAAUGGCGCACCGCUCAAUUGGCAAGAUCCCGGCAUCGAAAUCUACAGCCGAUACAAUCAGGAUACGCGAGGUCGCACGGAGAAAGUCCUCAGCAAGUUAAUGGGAGCCGAGGCGAUCACUUUUGGAUCGGGUGUUGCCGCGGGUCAUGCUUGCAUGCAGCAUUAUGCACCAUCUGUCAUCGCUAUUCGCAAGGGCUACAUGGGCAUUCACGCGGCCAUAGCCGUCUACCGUCGCGGUCGCACGGAUCUUAAAAUCAUUGAUCUAGACGAUGAGUACCCAACACUGUCAAAGACGGAAGCCGAAAAAGACGGCGUCCGUCGUGGCGGCUUGCUUGUCUGGGUCGAGACCCCAUUGAAUCCUACGGGUGAAGUGCGUGAUUUGAAGCGUUACGUGCAGAAGGCCCACGCUGCCGGAGGCUACAUCGGCGUCGACGCAACCCUUGCCCCGCCACCGUUGCAGGACCCGUUCAAGCAGGGAGCCGAUUUUGUCAUGCACUCUGCCACAAAGUACAUGGGAGGUCACUCUGACUUACUUGUCGGCGUUGUAGCAGUUAAGAGCAAAGUCGAGUGGGAGUCGCUCUUCUGGUACCGUGUCGCGACAGGAGCUGUUCCCGGCAACCUCGAGUCGUACCUGCUGCUGCGCUCCCUCCGCACGAUAACCCUGCGCGUGCAGCGCCAGUCCGAGACGGCGCACAAGCUUGCUCAGUGGCUGUACAGCUUAACAGUGGAUGCUGCGCAUCCAAGCGAGGACGUGGAGGACAAGGAACUCGUCGGUGGCAAAGUCGUUGAAUGGGUCUGGCAUGGCAGCUUACAACCUCGCAAUGACAAGGACCCCAGUGCAAGGCCGACCGAGGGUGCGGAUUUCGACCCGCGCGACCAGAUGCCGGGCGGCUUCUCCGCCUGCUUUUCUAUCAGGUUUGCAAGCGCCGGCCAAGCCGCAAAGGUCCCUCACAGCACAGAGUACUUCACGCCCGCGACUUCACUCGGAGGGGUCGAGUCCUUGCUUGAGCACCGGAUCCUCUCCCAGGCUUCGGAAGACCCUCGCUUGGUCCGCAUCUCGGUCGGUCUCGAAGACUUUGCAGACUUGCAGGCCGACUUACGCCGUGCCUUCCAAGCGAACCUCUCUGCAUGAAUGCCCAGAUGGAUGGGUAUGAGUGGUGCCUGCAUGGAAUUAUUGCGUAGGUUCAGAAAUACAACAAGUAGAAAUGAUUUACGGUCAGAAUGCUUAGCAAUGGCACGUUCAGUACUG